AUGGCGCCGCCUCGGAAGAGGCUUUGCACCAAUCUCGAAGACUAUCCUCGCCUUCGUGCGGCAGUGUUGAGCGCGAAUUCGGGGAGGUCGUCGAGGGCGUCCUGGACGAGCGAUGGCGCGUCGACCUACUCUCUCUUGACGCCGCCCGACUCUCCUCAUAUCGUCGUUCGCCCGCUCGACAUUAUCAAAGUCGAGGACGAAGAUGAAGACGAAGACGAUGCCGACGUCAAAGAAUCCCUCCCCUUCGCGUCGGACGCUGAUUGCCCUCCCACUUCCUCUGACGAGUCGAGUGACGGCUCCGUCGCUAGCCAGGACAACGACAUUGAUGUCCAUUACACCGACUCGGAGGUGGAGAUGAAGGCGACCACACAGCACCCCUUCAGCUUCUCUUCUACCGAGGAAGAGGAGGAGUCUGGGGAGGACGAUGAGUCUGGGUCGGAGGAAGGGUAUGGGUCGGAGGGAGAGGAGUAUGGGGACGUAGAAGAUGAGUACGAGAAUUGGGGUGUGGAUGAAAAAGACGAUUAUGAGGGUGAAGAUGAGGAUGAGGACAACGAGGAGGGGUACAUUGUGCACCCGAACUGGGUCGCCGUCCGGGCCCAGCAUUUCCCUCAGUAUGCAGGUGGCAUGAGCGGAUUUGCCAUGUUCGCACAGCAAGAGGUGGCCAAUUUAUCUUCCGCGGGCGGUAUUAUAGCAUCACCUCAUGUUUUAUAUGGGGUUACGAAUGCCCAAUACUUCGUUUUUUGA